GCUGGGAGUGCGCGUGGACCCAGCCGGCGCGGAGCGGGGGUGGUACGAUGAACGGUUGGGUGGCUCGGGGUCUAUCGCGGCGUGCUGCGGCCCUAGGCCUGGGGCUGCGGGUACUGCUCGGCUUCGGGCUGUGCCUGGAGACCGCCCCGACUCCGAUCCAGACCUGGUCCCCGACCCAGGCCCCAGGCCCCAGUGCAGGCUCGUGCCCGCCCACCAACUUCCAGUGCCGGAGCGAUGGCCGCUGUGUGCCCCUCAUCUGGCGUUGCGACGUUGACCAGGACUGCCUUGAUGGCAGUGAUGAAGAGGAGUGCGGUACUGAGGUACCCAAUGUCAGCCCCUCCGCUUGUGACAUCAUGGAUGACUGCCCUGACCGCAACAAGAGUCUUCUCAACUGCGGGCCCCAGCCCUGCCCGAAAGGCGAGCUGUGCUGCCUGCUGGAUGGUCUGUGUAUCCCAACCACAUGGCUCUGCGAUGGGCACCGGGACUGUUCUGACUACAGCGACGAGCUUGGCUGCGGAAACAAGACCCACCAGGAGGGGAGGACCAUGUCCACGGGGACUCCUGCGACCCUGGAGAAUGUCACUUAUCUCAGAAAUGCCACAGUCACCACCGAGGACUGGGACUCCGUUCAGUCUGGAAACCGAAGUGCUUAUGGGAUUAUUGCAGUUGUAGCAGUGCUCAGUGUCAGUCUGGCUGCUGGCAUCCUGUUUGCGUUGUCCCGGCUCUGUGCCCAGGGAUGCCUGGACCCGCUGGGGCUGCUGGUGUUCAUGAAGGGGUCACUGCAGCCAGAGAGGAAGACCUCGGUGCUCUGAGCAUGCGCUCUCACCCCCAUAUCACACGUUCCCCAAGUAUGGCAGGUAGAGAGGACCCACACGUGGCUGCUACCAUAUCAGCCCCCAGACCUGGCUUCUUCUGUCCUCACAGCGCCAAGCACCUGUGCUCCUGCAUAUGUGACCCUGGAGGCUGGGGUUGCCCGGACCCUCCCCUUGAUACGAAGAGCCUGGAUGGGGAACAUGUCACAGCCGGAGCUGAGGGGCUGGCCCCGGAUCACUCUUGGGGCGGCCCCCUUACUCAGACACUAUUGCUACCUCUGUUUGAGAGUGGUGAUUAAAGCUAGUUCAC